AUAAGUUAGUCCAGAGUAAUCUAAGGUACACAACUCUUAUUAAUCCAUCCUAUAUCCGUGCAAAGAACAGUCGCAGCUGGCAAGCUUACCUUUAUACACUCUUUCUUUAAAAUUCUCAGCCUUUGCUUGUGAUUUUGUUUCCGCUUGUUAACCUUGAAAAUGGCACAUUUCCAAAACGAAUACGGAGCAGCCCAUAGCACAGAUGCAUACGGCGACGUUAUCCGCAAAGACGAAUACGGCAACGUGAUUCCUACGGACGAGAAUGCCAACCCAAUCCGACACAGCGGCACUACUCUCCAAGGUGGGCAGCAGCAGCAGCAGCGUCAUGAUCUUUCCACUGAGUACGAUGGGCAAGGCGGGAGAAGGAACAAGGGGCUGAAGGAGAAGAUAACAGAGAACAUACCUGGAGUUGGAAACAAUGACCAUCGAAAUGAUACAUCAUCUGCGACUACAGAUGCAUACGGCAACGUUAUCCGCAACGACGAAUAUGGCAACGUGCCUACGGACGAAUAUGGCAACCAAGUCCGCCACAGCGGCACUACUCUCAAAGGUGGGCAGCAGCAGCAGCAGCAGCGUCAUGACCUUUCCACCGAGUACGAUGGGCAAGGCGGGAGAGGGAACAAGGGGCUGAAGGAGAAGCUAACGGAGAACAUACCUGGAGUUGGAAACAAUGACCAUCGAAAUAAUACAUCAUCUGUGACUACAGAUGCAUACGGCAACGUUAUCCGCAAAGACGAAUACGGCAACGUGAUUCCCACGGACGAGCAUGGCAACCCAAUCCGCCACAGCGGCACUACUCUCCAAGGUGGGCAGCAGCAGCAGCAGCAGCGUCAUGACCUUUCCAACGAGUACGAUGGGCAAGGCGGGGGAAGGAACAAGGGGCUGAAGGAGAAGAUAACGGAGAACAUACCUGGAGUUGGAAACAAUGACCGUCGAAAUGAUACAUCAUCUGCGACUAUAGAUGCAUACGGCAACGUUAUCCGCAAAGACGAAUACGGCAACGUGAUUCCUACGGACGAGUAUGGCAACCCAAUCCGCCACAGCGGCACUACUCUCCAAGGUGGGCAGCAGCAGCAGCAUCAGCGUCAUGACCUCUCCACGGAGUACGAUGGGCAAGGCGGGAGAAGGAACAGGGGACUAAAGGAGAAGAUAACGGAGAACAUACCUGGAGUUGGAAACAAUGACCAUCGAAAUGAUACAUCAUCUGCGACUACAGAUGCAUACGGCAGCGUUAUCCGCAAAGACGAAUACGGCAACGUGAAUCCUACGGACGAGCAUGGCAACCCAAUCCGCCACAGCGGCACUACUCUCCAAGGUGGGCAGCAGCAGCAGCAGCAGCUUCAUGACCUGUCCACGGAGUACGAUGGGCAAGGCGGGGGAGGGAACAAGGGGCUGAAGGAGAAGCUAACGGAGAACAUACCUGGAGUUGGAAACAAUGACCAUCGAAAUAAUACAUCAUCUGUGACUAGAGAUGCAUACGGCAACGUUAUCCGCAAAGACGAAUACGGCAAUGUGAUUCCUACGGACGGGCAUGGCAACCCAAUACGCCACAGCGGCACUACUCUCCAAGGUGGGCAGCAGCAGCAGCGUCAUGACCUCUCCACGGAGUACGAUGGGCAAGGCGGGGGAAGGAACAAGGGGCUGAAGGAGAAGCUAAUGGAGAACAUACCUGGAGUUGGAAACAAUGACCAUCGAAAUAAUACAUCAUCUGCGACUAAAGAUGCAUACGGCAACGUUAUCCGCAAAGACGAAUACGGCAACGUGAUUCCUACGGACGGGCAUGGCAACCCAAUCCGCCACAGCGGCACUACUCUCCAAGGUGGGCAGCAGCAGCAGCAGCAGCUUCAUGACCUCUCCACGGAGUACGAUGGGCAAAGCGGGGGAAGGAACAAGGGGCUGAAGGAGAAGCUAACGGAGAACAUGAUACCUGGAGUUGGAAACAAUGACCAUCGAAAUAAUACAUCAUCUGCGACUAAAGAUGCAUACGGCAACGUUAUCCGCAAAGACGAAUACGGCAACGUGAUUCCUAAGGACGAGCAUGGCAACCCAAUCCGCCACAGCGGCACUACUCUCCAAGGUGGGCAGCAGCAGCAGCAGCAGCAGCGUCAUGACCUCUCCACCGAGUACGAUGGGCAAGGCGGGAGAAGGAACAAGGGGCUGAAGGAGACUGGAACGGAGAACAUACCUGGAGUUGGAAACAAGGACCAUCGAAAUGAUACAUCAUUUCCGACUACAACGAAUCCUGCUACGAUGGCUGGCCGUUACGGUACUGGGGAACAGGCGCAGCUUCAUCAGCAUGCAGAGAAGAAGGGUGUGAUGGAAAAGAUCAAAGAGAAGGUGCAUAGGUGUGUGUGAAAUGCUCCUUUGUAACUUAGGAUUAGACUGUAUCCUAAUUAAGGUCCAGAUCCGGUCCGUAAGAGGUUUGCUUAAUUACAGGCUAAAGCACGUCUUUAAUAAGAGAUGCGUACGUGCAUGCAUAUGCUGGGGUGCGUGUUGUAUGAGCACAGUACUCUUCUAGCAUAAUAAAUAUUAAUACUGGCAGCUUAAUGUAUAUAUAUUGAUGUACUUAGUCUUUGGUUAAUAUGUUAUGUCGUGUAUAUAUAAGAAUAUUAUACUGUCGGGCUUCAGCCAGCUUUCCUAA